AUGACGUCUCUGCAAACCGACUUUGGCAGCCAUUUUGGCAUCGAAAACAUACCUUUUGCAAUUGCGUCCUCGGACAAACACACAUCACCACAAGCAGUCACACGUAUCGAGAAUAAGGUGGUCUUUCUUGCAGAUUUGAUACAAUCCGAUUCUGAGCUGCAAAGCCUACCCAAUGGCAUCUUCUCACAGCCAACAUUGAACGCUUUCGCAGCUCUGGGUAGACCUGCUCAUAGGCUUGUUCGCUCUGCCGUUCAGAAGAUCCUCAAGGAGAGCAAAUUGCCUGAAAGCAGUACCGAAGAUGUCUCAAAAUGCCAGAUGCAUCUUCCAGUAUCGGUCUCAGACUUUACGGACUUCUCGUGUUCAGAGGCCCACAAUCUGAAUGCUGGUCAUGCUGCUACAGGAAGGAGAGGACUUCCUCCUUCAUGGGGUUUUAUUCCUCCAGCAAUGAAAGGAGAGAACAAGAAGAUCGUCUACGGACCCAGUCGCAAGAUGGACUAUGAGAUGGAGCUGUCUGCUGUGAUAGGCAAGCCUGUCCCAUAUGGUCAAACUGUUACAGCAAACAAUGCUGGCGAGCACAUCUUUGGCUUUGUAAUGUUGAAUGACUGGAGUGGUGAGUUUCCCACUACGCAAGUCGAACUACCGCGAAAGCUGACCAAUCAACANGCCCGCGACAUCCAGAUGUUGGAGAUGAUUCCGCUCGGUCCCUUGAACUCAAAGAACUCAGGUACAACACUGUCACCCUGGAUCAUCACAUACGACGCAAUGGAGCCGUUCCGCGUCAGUGGGCCCGGCUGGAAACAUACUUUGCCUCCCCACCUUGCUGUGGAGAAGGAUGAUCGAGGCCUGUCCAUCGACCUCUCUGUUUACGUUCAGUCACCAGAAAACGAUGUAACUCGUGCUUGUGCUGCAAACAGCAGUGUCCUGGCAUGGUCUUUCGAGCAGCUACUGGCACAUCAAGGCAGCGCAGGCUGUGGCUUCCAAGCUGGGGAUCUGCUCGCCUGCGGUACAGUGUCAGGAGACUCUGAAGACGGGCGUGGAUGUAUGCUCGAACACAACCUUCCUCCGCCAGCUGUCCAACGUGGUUACCUGGCAGAUGGCGUUGUUGUACAGUUCACAGGAAAGUGCGGCGAGGGUGUUGGAUUUGGCGAAUGCCGAGCAGAACUCCUACCAGCUCUCUCUACGGAGACAUGGACUAGCGAGUAG